AUGGCAAAGGGGAGAGUCGUCAGUCUGCUCCUCCUCCUUGCAACGCUUGCAUUGCUGCUACGAAUCAGUGGAUCCUCCAUCGGAAUGGAAAAUGACGCAGAAGAAGAAAAAGAACUCCAGCUCUCCAGGACAAAAGAUGCCUACAGCUUUUUGGAGGCUUCCUUAAACGCCCUGGAAGUUAACCCCCCCCUUUCUCCAUACGAUAGAGUUAAGAGGAAAAUAUCUAACGCAGAAUUGGGUUACAUUCACCAUGAGAUGAUGAAAAAAUUGAAAACUGAAAAAUUAAAUAACAUCACCAACAUUAGAAAUAUCAUCAGUAGGUGUGUCUCCGAUUCGAUCCAACACACGAUGAGGGCCGCAACGAGUAUCCUCGAGGAAGUCCUAAGCUACAACGAAUUCUGCACAUCCCUGGAUGAACACUUUUCAUACCUAUACGACGCAAACGUUGAAUUCAAAAAAAUAGUAAAGUCCUGCAGAACAGCAACGGAAGAUGAGCUGAGGGCAAAUUAUUUAUCCCUAUAUGUGGAGGACUUUAAAUUAAUUUUACAAGAGUUAAAAAAACCACACAUUUCAUUCCACGAUUUUGAUGAUAUCUCAAAAUGCAUGGCUAAAUUUUACCAAUCCUUUAUUUCCCCCUUUCAAGUGUAUGUCUCUGAUACAUCAUUUUAUGCGAAAUUUGUUGAAGCGUACACAAAUCUAAAUGGUCUUCACAAAGUAGACGAUUUAGUUGAAGAGUUUCUUAAAACAUUCAACGAACGCAUGUCUACGGAAGAAAUCACUCUCUUCUUUGGCGAACUAUUCAGUGCAUACACACGUUCUUUUUCGCACGGUCGGUGUUUAUAUCAACAAAAAUGA